AUGGAUAUCAGAAGUUUAUCUUGUUUGCAAUGUUUACCUUCAUCACGUUGUGAACACUAUUCUAUAGGAAGAUAUCCUUUACUUAAUCAGAAUUGUACGACAUCGCUUCCCGUGACAGUAUCAACACAUAAUAAGCAGCGUCUUCGUGUCUCUGAUGUGUACUCUUCAAGUAGUGACGAUGAAGAAACAAAAAAUAGAAAGCAGCCGUUGAUUGCUAAAGAACAUAAUUAUGUGCAGCCGUUGAUUGCCAAAGAAAAUAAUUAUGUUUUAGUAGCAUUUUUGGACAAGAAAGCUAUUAAACAUUACAUCGGGGUCAUUAUCUCUGUAGAUGUCGAAGAUUUUACAUUCUCAGAGGCAAAAAGGUUUAUCAUAACCAAAAACUCAGUGAAUAAUAUUUUGGUAAGAGGGGAAACAUUUUAUCAAUCAGAUAUCGGUGAUUCAAAACAGGUUUUAAAAAGAGGAAAGAUCCUCUUAAAUUUUCGCCCUACUGUUAUACAAAAAUGCAUUCGUGUGAAACCAGAAAAGUUACUCGAUGUAAAGAAGCUUUUAACAAAAGAUUUUGGUGUAGAAUGGAUCAACAGGGAGCAGCUAUCAUUUUACAAGAACCUUCUGAAUACUGAGGUAGUUGAUAAAGAACAAGUAGUUCAAAAUGGUUGUUCCUACGAUUCCGACGACUUUUGCCAAGAAAACAACAGUGAAAGUAAAGAACCUAGAGUUUAG